UGCGCUGGAGCUGCCGGAGGAGGAGGUGAGCGAUGUGGUCAAGUCUCAACUCAUCUCUCUGAUCGGACAACACCAGAGACAAGACGAAACGCAGCUGGCCGCCAUCGACACGUGUUCCGACAGCCUGUACCGCGCGUCGGCGCGUCUCAGCAGACGUGUCUUUGUGGUCAUGAGGGCCCUGGCGUCGCUGUGGGAAAAGCACUUCAGCGUCCUGCGGGGGCGAGAGGAGGACGUCCAGCGGCGCUUGGACCAACUGCAACUAACGCACGAGCGACACGUGCAGAGGAAGAAGGUGUUCCUGGACGAGCUCCUGGCCGCGCUUCGUCAGGAGAGCAGCGAAGUGGCCUUGAAGUCGUCGCUGGAGCAAACCAUCAUCUACCUGCGCGACAUCAGGAACAGCUGCUGCGAGUGUGUGACGGACCAGUGCGCCGUGUUGGACCGCCUCCCCCGCACUGUCGCCGAUGAGCUUCUGGAGUUCGGCCGACUCCUUGGCAACUUCUUCCGCCUCUUCGCCUCCUUUGCUCCUAGUGCAGAAGACCUGAAGAAGCUGCCGCCAGUCAGUGACGUCAUCGCCAGCGACACUCAAGAGGGUCGUCAAGAGGGCGGGACGAGAGAGGAGGAAGAGCCAAUCGGCUGUCGGGAUGACGCGGCACACGAGGAGAUUUCCGAUUCGCUGGCCGAGGCUGAGUCGUCUCUUCUGGAGCUGUACGACCUCAGCGGCAAGGGUUAG